GGAUUUUCAACGUUAAAUUCAAGAGGACCUGCAGCCUAUAUUUGACCGAAAAUACCUAACUGAAGAUGAAAACAAGGUCCCAGUAAGCAUAUUGUGGUAAAUUCCGUCGAUUAUUAGUCAAUAUUUGGAUUCGAAGAAUGGUCUACGUAGAAAAUCCUACCUCAAUACAUGGUGUUACAUUUGGAGGAAUACCACUUUUUGGGUGUAAGAACCAUUUCCAGAGUAUGGAUAUGUCGAAAGAGAACUAAGUAAGCGUCGUUUUAAAGAGAAAAUGAUUGAAAUCGGUCCAGAAAUAACGAAGAUGAAUGAACCAAACAUUUUACCUUCGUUCAAAGAACUACGUGGGUUACUUUUAUUCAAAAGUAUAAGCUGCUUAAAUCGAUUGACACUGAAAAAUAGGAAGUAAAUGACUACUAGAAACGUAAAGCAAACCACCAACAACAAUUAGGACAAUAUUUUGGAUUUUUUUUGCGAUUUUUACCAUUCUUCGAAACAUCUUUUACUUCGAUCGGAGUAUCUUCGGUUACCCAAAUAAUGUGUUUAAAACAAUGCUUUUACCUUUAAAAUGAAUACUAAAAAUGAUUAUGAAGCUAUUUUGACCGUUUUGUUCUGUUUUCAAGACUACUCUGUCCUUAAAAUGAAUACUGAAAAGGUUUAUGAAGCUGUUCCAAGACUUUCGAGAGGGUAUUAGAACACGAAAUGAUUAUCCAUAUAGCUCAUUUGGACAAUUUGAAGAGCUUCCUUUGAAUUUCGACCGUUUUCUUUUGUUUUCAAGACUAUUAUGUCUUCAAAAUGAAUUCUAAAAAGGAUUAUAAUGCUGUUUCAAGCCUUAUGAGUGAGCAUUAGAACUCGAUAUGACUAACAAUACAGUCAAUUUGGAUAAUUUGGAGAGUUUCCUUGGAAUUUCGACCGUUUUCUUCCGUUUUCAAGACUAUUAUAUCUUCAAAUUGAAUACUGAAAAGGAUUAUUCAGCUGUUUCAAGCCUUAUGAGAGAGGAUUAGAACUCGAUAUGACUAGCAAUACAGUCAAUUUGGAUAAUUUGGAGAGUUUCCUUGGAAAUUUGACAGUUUUCUUCCGUUCUCAAGACUAUUAUGUCUUCAAAUUGAAUACUGAAAAGGAUUAUAAUGCUGUUUCAAGCCUUAUGAGAGAGGAUUAGAACUCGAUAUGACUAGCAAUACAGUUAAUUUGGACAAUUUGGAGAGUUUCCUUGGAAAUUUGACAGUUUUCUUCCGUUCUCAAGACUAUUAUGUCUUCAAAUUGAAUACUGAAAAGGAUUAUAAAGCUGUUUCAAGCCUUAUGAGAGAGGAUUAGAACUCGAUAUGACUAGCAAUACAGUCAAUUUGGAUAAUUUGGAGAGUUUCCUUGGAAAUUUGACAGUUUUCUUCCGUUCUCAAGACUAUUAUGUCUUCAAAUUGAAUACUGAAAAGGAUUAUAAUGCUGUUUCAAGCCUUAUGAGAGAGGAUUAGAACUCGAUAUGACUAGCAAUACAGUUAAUUUGGACAAUUUGGAGAGUUUCCUUGCAAUUUCGACCAUUUUC